AGCUGCGCGUUGAGUGCCGGCACCGGGAGACCAGAGACCGUUGACUCCCGGCUGUAGGUGUGAGAAGCGCUCUCGGCCCUUGUCCUCGUCGCAGAGAGCCCCGGGGAGACUCACCCGGCCAGCGAGACGCCGCGGCACGGCCUCUGGGGAGACUGGCCGGCACCUCCCGGGCCUCCGCGUUCCGGUGGGGACGAGCCUUUCGCGAGGUCGGCUACAUCUUUGUUGUGUACAGUCCCUAAACUUUAAUGGUCUGUUAGCCAGCAGUUAAACACACACGCGUAUUGAGUGUCUACCGUGUGCCAGGCUCUAUGCAAGGUGCAGGGGUGCAGUCUUAGAUACAGCCCGCCCCCUCCGCCCGAGGGUGCCCUGGCUACUGGCAUCUCGGGUGCAUCUGCGUGCCUUCGUCAAGAAGUCCAGCAGUGUUUGUUGACUACCAGGCCGUCCUGGUCCAUCGCCUCCGCCCACCCAGGGACCCCGGCCGCGUCCGCUUGCUGGCCCAGCGCCUUAGUUCAGCACUGUGCCCGCGUUCGGCCAUUGCCUGGACACCGUGUCCUGGCUGGGCCGAGGCGGCGGGGGCAGGGAUGACUCCCCGGGCACCUGCGGCCGCGCCCGGCGACCUGCCAGCCCUCAGCUCCCGAGGAGGCCCGGCCGUCUCUGCAAAUGCACAUUAUGAAAAAACUGCAUAGGCAGAGUUAGACUGAGAGAGAGAGAGAAACAGAGAGAAAGGUCUUCCUUUUUCCGUUGGUUCACCCCCCAAGUGGUCACUACAGCCGGCGCGUGGCGCUGAUCUGAAGCCAGGAGCCAGGUGCCUCCUCCUGGUCUCCCAUGUGGGUACAGGGCCCAAGCACUUGGGCCAUCCUCCACUGCCUUCCCAGGCCACAGCAGAGAGCUGGACUGGAACAGGAGCAACUGGGACAGAAUGUGGUGCGCCAACCGGGACUAGAACCUGGGGUGCCGGCGCUGCAGGCGGAGGAUUAGCCUAGUGAGCCGCAGUGCCGGCCCUUACAUAUAUUUUUUAAACAUUUAUUUAUUUAUUUGAAAGGCGGAGUUACAGAGAAGCAGAGAAAGAGAGAGAGAGAGGUCUUCCAUCUGCUGGUUCACUCCCCAAAUAGCCACAAUGGCUGGAGCUGAACUGAUCCGAAACCAGGAGGCAGGAGCUUCUUCCAGGUCUCCCAUGAGGGUGCAGUGGCCCAAGGAGUUGGGCUGUCUUCUCUCCCUGGCCAUAGCAGAGAACUAGAUUGGGAGUGGAACAGUCAAGACUCGAACCGGCGCCCAUAUGGGAUGCCAGCACAGCAGGAAAUUUGUUUAUUUUGAAAGUCAGAGUUAAGAGAGGAAGAGAGAGAUCUUCCAUCCUCUGGUUCACUCCCCAAAUGGCUGUAGCGGCCCAAGCUGGCCAGGCCAAAGCCAGGAGUCAGGAGCUUCAUCUGGGUCUCCCAUUUGGGUGACAGGGUCCCCAAACACUUGGGCCAUCCUCUGCUGCCUUUCCCAGGCUAUUAGCAGGGAGCUGGAUUGGAAGUGGAGCAGCUGGGACAAAAACUCCCACCCAUAUGGGAUGCCAGCAUUGUAGGUGGUGGCUUUCCUUGCUGUGCCACAAUGCCGGUCCCUUGUCUUUUAAUUUCAUUUUUCCAUUAACUUUUUGAAGUACCCUCAUAUAGCUGCAUUCAACUGGUGAAUCAUCUGGGCACUAGGCCUAGGUGGGCUUUAGCUUGGAAGCCUUGGUUUUGAUCCACGUGAACUCUAUAUGGCCAGCUUGGGCUUCCUCACAGUAUGGCAGUGUGCCAAGAGCUGUAGGGACAUUUUCUCUCUUGCAGUGUCAUUUCUGCCACUUUUCAUUGGUUAAAACACAUCAGGGAAGGAGAAAUAGACUCCACCUCCUGCUGGAGAAGUGAGUGGAAAAUUCUGAUUGCAAAAGGUGUUUGGGGAUAGGAGACUUAUAGUCUACCACACCUACAUUUAAACUAAAAUACUCAAUAUGCAGAGAUAAGUGAAUUCCAGGACUGUAUUAUCCAUCCACAAAGACACCUGUGUAGGUCUUUCCCGGUAAAGUGACCCCUUUCCUCUGCUGAAGUGUAAGGGGCUCAAGCAUUUUUGUUGUUAACCCUUCUUCCCUCAUUCUAUAUCCCUUUUCUCUAGGUUCAACCCCUUUAGUGUUCAAGGAAUACUUAGGGUUCAAUUCUCCAAUAGUUGAGGCAAGCAGUCUCAAUUUUUGAGUGUGUCCUACAGUGAGAACAAAGAUAUAAGUUAAGUUGCACAGUUUUGAAGCUUUUGUAAUGUACAUGUUAUUGAUCAGUUCCUAUGCCUGAGAUGUAUAUUUGGGAAAACAUUCUGGAAGCAUAGACCUUAGAUAAGUGAACCUUUUUCUAGCCUCUAAACUCAACAUGUAUGAAGCUUUGCCAGGCUCUGCUCCUGAAAAUGAAGAUGGCCUUGUGAAAGUGAAGGUGGAAGACCCCACCUGGGAGCAGGGGUACAGCUCCCAGGAGGGCAGCCCCCACACUCAGGAGCUUUGCCGCCUACGUUUCCGGCAGUUCUGCUACCAGGAGGCACCUGGUCCCCGAGAAGCUAUGGCACAGCUCCGAGAACUUUGUCGUCAAUGGUUGAGACCAGAGAUGCACACGAAAGAGCAGAUCCUGGAGCUGCUGGUGCUGGAGCAGUUCCUGACCAUCCUGCCCAAGGAACUGCAGGCCUGGAUGCAGAUGUAUCCUCUGCAGAGUGGGGAGGAGGCAGUGACCAUGCUGGAGAAUCUUGCGACAGAACGUGGAGACGCGGGACAGCAGGCCUCUUUCUACAUUCAGGGACAAGACAUGCACCUAGUGGUAACAGAAUAUCAAGGAACCUCUUUGGAGUGUCAGGGUCUCCAGCUGUUGCCUGAGGUAACCACCCUGAAGUGUGAACCUCCACAGCUUCCCCAAGAAGUGAGUGGGUUUACUCCUCAGGGACCAGCCAUUCUCCAGGAAGAAAGCUCCAGAGACAAAGCAGCAGUGCCUGAGCUAAACCCAGCCAGGUUCCAGAUGUUGGUGAAGACCGAGGGAGAGGGAAGUCCAGCUUUUGCCCCUGAGGGGUGGUCACGUCUGGCUCUGGCAAAGAAGAACCUGCAUGAGAACUUGGCCCAGAAGAUGACCUGCGUCAGUCUGAUGAAUGAAGAAAUUGUGACUAAAGAUGGAUUGACUAACGUAGAGCAAGAAACUUCCAAAGAAAUGGAACAGGGUGGAAAGACUUCAGCAGAACCCAACAGCGUGUACUCUUUUUACUUUCCCAGAGAUUGCACACCUCACAUCCCUUGUAGUACUGCUGUUCCCACUGAAAGGACGGUCUCCCAUUUGAACACGCUGAAGGCCCGUCUCCCACGGGAUUCGUGGGCCCGGAUGCACAUCGCAUCCUUGCAGUAUGCCGCAGGAGACAUUACCCGGAAAGGGAGAAAAAAGGACAAAGCUCGAGUGAGUGAAUUGCUCCAAGGACUCGCAUUUUCUGAUGACUCAGAUGUGGAGGAAGAUAACGAGUCCGAGACCCAGCCUGCUCAAAAGAAGCCGAAGGUGUCUGGUGUCCCAGAGAGGAACUGGACUAAACGAGACAUUCAACCCAACUUUCCAAGCUGGUCGGCAUUGGAUUCUGGACUUUUAAAUCUCAAGAGUGAAAAGUUGAACCCGGUAGAGCUCUUUGAGUUAUUUUUUGAUGAUGAAACAUUCAAUUUGAUUGUCAAUGAAACCAAUAAUUAUGCUUCUCAAAAAAAUGUCAACUUGGAAGUCACAGUUCAGGAAAUGAGGUGUGUGUUUGGUGUCCUGCUUUGGAGUGGAUUUGUAAGGCGUCCCAGGAGGGAAAUGUAUUGGGAAGUCUCUGAUGCUGAUCAGAACCUGGUCAGAGAUGCCAUUAGAAGGGAUAGAUUUGAAUUGAUUUUCUCAUACUUGCAUUUUGCAGAUAACAGCCACCUAGAUCAAAAGGAUAAGUUUUCAAAAUUGAGGCCUCUCAUAAAGCAAAUGAAUAAAAAUUUCCUCUUGUAUGCCCCCCUAGAAGAAUAUUACAGCUUUGAUAAAUCAAUGUGUGAAUGCUUUGAUAGUGACCAAUUCCUGAAUGGAAAGCCUAUUAGAAUCGGCUAUAAAAUUUGGUGUGGCACAACCACACAGGGUUAUCUGGUUUGGUUUGAGCCCUAUCAAGAAGAAUCAACUAUGGAGGCAGAUAAGGAUCUUGAUCUUGGAUUAGGUGGAAAUCUAGUGAUGAAUUUUGCUGAUGUCCUUUUAGAGAGAGGUCAGUAUCCCUAUCACCUGUGUUUUGAUAGCUUCUUUACAAGUGUCAAAUUAGUGUCAGCUUUGAAGAAAAAGGGCGUGAAGGCAACAGGAACAAUACGUGAGAAUAGGACUGAAAAAUGUCCACUGAUGAACACAGAACAUAUGAGAAAAAUGAAGAAGGGGCAUUUUGAUUUUCGAGUGGAAGAAAAUGAUGAGAUAAUUUUGUGCCGUUGGCAUGGUGAUGACAUUAUCAGUCUGUGCUCCAAUGCUGUAGGCAUAGAACCAGUUAGUGAGAUAAGUUGUUUUGCUGAUGAUAAAGAGAUCCCUCAGGUAAGUCAACCGUCCAUUGUGAAAUUGUUUGAUGAAUGCAGGAAAGGUGUAGCUAAAAUGGAUCAAAUUAUUUCCAAAUAUAGGGUAAGAAUAAGGAGCAAGAAGUGGUACUCAAUUUUGGUGAGCUACAUGAUUGAUGUAGCUAUGAACAACGCAUGGCAGUUACACAGAGCCUGCAACCCAGGUGCCUCUCUAGACCUACUGGAUUUUCGAAGAUGCGUUGCCCAUUUCUACUUGGGACAUGAUACUAAUCUGCCAGAUUAAGGCAGAUAAAAUGGAAGUAGAAUGGACCUUAACAAGACACAGAAAAUUUUAACUACACAUUAGAUUGUAUCCUACCAAAGCAAAUUUGAUGUAUAUAAUGAAACUAAGUAAUUAAGUAGUAUUUUUAAAUCAGAUGUUUAUAUAGAAUUUCAAAUACUAUUAUAAAAAUUACCUGUGAAAAUGUUGAACUCCAGUGGUACCUUUCUCUGUCUAAUUUUGUGUCAGGUGUGGGAAAUCACUUAUUUGCUGGAUUAUUUUGUGCAGUUAAAAGAAUGAAAUCCUGCCUCUUUAAAAACAUUUUCUUUAGAGAAUGCCAAUUUAAAAAUGGAGGCAAUGUCAGUACUAUAGAAUGGCACUAAAUCUACAGUCCAAAAUAGAAGUAGAGCCCAUAAACAGUAAUGAUCUAAAUAAAACAUGGGUGAUAAGAGGCUGAAGACUCCAGCAUUGGUGAGAAAACUGGGUCAGGUUGUGGGUAGGUGAGGAGAGCCGUCUGGAUGUUCAGAGAGGAGAGAACCAUGAAGAAAAGUCCAAAGGUAGAGCAAUGCCUGUGGUAUGCAAAGUGGGUCCUGCUCCAACUGUGAGUUAGCAGCAGAAGUCAAAAAAGGGAGAGAGUCAUGAGUUAAGUUGACAUCAUACUCCUGAUGAAACUACUGAAGGAGAUUAGUGAAUGGGUCUGGAAUUAGGGUCACCAGUGAUAGAUAAUCCAACGAGAAAUGGAAAAGGCAAACCGUAGGAAUUGUGACUUCCUCGUGUUAAAAUCUGGUAUUAGUCUACCGGGUAAAGGAAGACUGAUUCCCUGAUUCCCUCAUUUCCAUGGGUUAUAAUCACAGUAACUUCAUUUGCUUUCAAUUCCUACCAUUUAUAGUCCCAUUCCUGACAGAAAGGCAAGUGAUGAGGCUUGAAUUCUUGACAUGCAUAGUUGUGAUGGAAGUGUAAGCCAUGUGUAAACAGACAAAUUCACAGAUUCAACACAAGAUUCUCAAAGAAAAUAGAAGGUCAUUAUUUUCUGUAAUUGGUCUGGCUAGUUUCUGCUUUGAAGUGAUGAAGUGUCUGGUAUAUGUAAGAGCCCACCUACAAAAGUCCCAUUGCAGAAGAGGUCAACACCUUUAUUAUUUUUUUUAAGAUUUAUUUAUUUGAAAGUCAGUUAGACAGAGAGAGAGAAGGAGAGGCA